AUGUGUGUGUACAUUGUGAUUCAGCAUUGUUCUGAUGAUGAUAGUACAACGAGGCCACUCUUGCUUGUUACAGCUUCUGUUCAUAAGAUUGUAUUGAAGAAGCCGAUUUGUGUCGACAUUGAUCUCAAGAUUGUUGCUUCUGUCAUUUGGGUUGGUCGUUCUUCUAUCGAGAUUCAACUCGAAGUUAUGCAAUCCGAAUUGAAUGUCAAGGCUUCUUCGGAUUCGGUUGCUUUAACUGCUAAUUUCAUUUUUGUGGCGCGUGACUCUAAGACUGGUAAAGCUGCUCCUAUUAACCGGCUUUCUCCUGAAACCGAGGUCGAAAAGCUUUUAUUUGAGGAAGCUGAAGCUAGGAAUAACUUGAGGAAGAAGAAGAGAGGAGGUGACAGAAGGGAAUUUGAUCACGGAGAGUGUAAGAAGCUCAAGGCUUGGUUGGCUGAAGGAAGGAUCUUCUCUGAUAUGCCAGCUCUUGCUGACAGAAACAGCAUUCUUCUUAAAGAUACCCGUCUUGAGAAUUCGCUGAUAUGCCAACCGCAGCAGAGGAACAUCCAUGGGAGGAUCUUUGGAGGAUUUUUGAUGCAUAGAGCAUUUGAGUUGGCCUUCUCCACAGCUUAUACGUUUGCGGGUCUAGUGCCUUACUUCUUAGAAGUUGAUCACGUCGAUUUCCUAAGACCGGUGGAUGUUGGUGAUUUCUUACGUUUCAAAUCAUGUGUUCUUUACACUCAACUGGAUAAACUAGAUUGUCCGCUCAUCAAUAUCGAAGUUGUUGCCCAUGUUACAAGCCCAGAGAUUCGUUCCAGUGAGGUAAAAUCCUAA